CGAUGCCCCGGCGGGGAGCGGCAGAAGCGGCCGGCGGAGAAGCCGCGGUUCCCCUCAGGUGGCAGACAUUGCACUUUUGUGUUCUACCAAGCCAUCCUCACUUUAAUGAAAAGUUGUAAUAUUUCUGUCUACUACAUCUAGAUUUGAAGAGCUGACAGACUCCUACAGGCUGGUCAUUUGGGAAGAACUGUCAGCAUGGAAGAACAUGAGAUCAGUCAGAGUGAGGAAGAACAGCAAAUAUCUCCUCCAGCAUUUCUAGAAGAGGAGAAAGAAGAAAGAAUAGAAGAGGAAGAAAAGAGAGAAGAGGAAGAAAAAGAAAGAGAAGAAGAGGAAGAAAAAGAAAAAGAAGAGGAAGAAAAAAGAGAGGAAGAGGAAGAAGAAAGAGAAAAAGAGGAAGAACACAAAAGAGAAGAAGAGCAAGAAGAAAGAGAGGAAGAGGGAGAAAAAGAAAGAGAAGAAGAGGGAGAAAAAGAAAGAGAAGAAGAGGGAGAAAAAGAAAGAGAAGAAGAGGGAGAAAAAGAAAGAGAGGAAGAGGAAGAAAAAGAAAGAGAAGAAGAGGAAGAAGAAAGAGAAGAAGAGGGAGAGAAAGAAAGAGAAGAAGAGGAAGAAGAAGAAAGAGAAGAAGAGGAAGAAAAUGAAAGAGAAGAAGAGGAAGAAAAAGAAGAUGCAGCUGGUCAGCUCCUGGACAUGGAAGAGCACUGGGAAGAAUAUGAGCUGGAAGAAGACUUGGCUGAUGAUGGCAGGAGGGAAGACAAGGACUCUUCUGAAGAUGCUGGAGWCCAGUCUGAUUCUAGCACGCAAAGCUCAGAACGYGAUUUGGGCAGUGUUAGUAGCAUUCAGCCCCUGAAGUCUGCAGACAGAAUUCGCAUAUCAGCCUCACAGAGGAGCCUCAGAUUGUUUGAUGACAUAGUCAGGGAAAAGGAACUGGCRGUCCAAAAAACCAGUGACACKCUGAGUGCCUGUCGACUGCGGAGCAAGAUGCUGGCAAAGCAGCUGGAUCAUGUAGACAUGGAAAUAGAGAAAGAGGAGGAGGCUGGCAAUGUCGCGGCCGUGUCCCGCCUGCAGGCCAUGAGCAGCCGAUUGUGCGCUGAACUGGAGGCAGAGAAGGAGAUGGAGCUGAGAAUUGCUUUGGCACUGAAACAAAACCUGGUUGAGAUGUGGCAGAUAGAAACUACACAGAGGAAAUACAUAAACCUCCGUGAACAACUUCAAAAAGAUGAAAAGGAGCUACAGAUGCAAUACCAGGAGGAGAAAGGAGUGAGGAUUUGGAAGGAAAAAAUAACAGCCCUGCAAGCAGAAGGAAGGCGUCGAACUCAAGAGAAAAGAGAGGAAGAAGCCCGGAGAGAACAUGAAGAAAGAAAGAAAAAACUCUUCAAGGAUGCCAAAAGGAACCAUGAGAAAGCAGUCUCCUUCCUGAGGCAAAGCAUGGCGAGAAUUCAUGAAAAAAACGCAAAGGAAGAAGUGAAAGCUCGGGAGCAUAUGGAGAGAAGGAUACAAGCUGUGCUUUCCCUGAAAACCAGCAUCACUUCCAACAGGGAAAGGCUCCAAACUCUCCAGAUUUUGAACAAAGCAAAGGCCUUGGAGGCAGAGAAGGAGGAGAUGAAAAUGAGGGAAGCCAUCCUYGCACAAGGAGGCAAUGCUGUCAGGGAAAUUUUUCUCCAUAAACGACAGCAAGAGCAUGAAAAAAAGAAAGAAGCUUUUARAGAACUGCAGAAAUCAAGGAAAAUGGAGAUUGUGUCUCGAAUUUUGCAAGAAAAAGCUGCUGUUCACAAGCAGAAAAAAAGUCAGCCCCCUACUAAGGCAAUUAAGGCWCGUGGUAAACCUGAAGAUCCUUUACUGCAGAGAAAGGAAACCUGGCAGUACAGUGAGGAAAGCUGCAAACGUGCAGAUGGAGAAAUACCACAGUCACAGCGCUCUCCAUCGGUUUGUUCCAUGGCUGGUGAGGUACCUGCUCCCUCAGGAGAGAGUUCUGAGAACAUUUCCCAGGAUGUGCUCUGGGAAAGUGGUGAUGAGGAGACAGACAGGGACGAGAGCCUCCUAAUCCCAGAGUUCCCAGGCCUUUGGGAUCGCCAGUAUGACCUGCACAAGGUACCCAAAGAAGAAGAUCCAACACGGUUGGCUAUUAGGGCAAUGAGGAAAGAAAUGGCUGAGAAAAAAAUGGAGCAACUCCAAACUGGAAUUUCUCCCAAGCAGACAGUGUCUGGUCGGGAGCAUAAGGGCCGUGCUUUCCACAGCAAACCCAGCUGCAUUCAUUUCAAGGAUUUUGAUGUUGGGCAAAUCUACAAAAAGAAGAUUGUUUUGACAAAUGCAUCCUAUGGUAUUAAUUACUGCAGGCUGGUGGGAAUCAGUGAAUGGCUCAAGGACUUCAUCAGUGUUCAUUUUGACCCACCUGGCAAAAUGUUUUCUGGGAUGUCCUGUGAAUUUGUGGUAACAUUUAAGCCAAUGAUAAAUGAAGGGCUGGAAGGAGAAGUGAUGUUUAUGGCCCAGACAGGUUCUUUUUCUGUUCCACUGAAAUGUACAGCCAAGACCUGCGUUCUGGCUCUGGAUAAAGAGCUCAUUGACUUUGGCAGCCUUGUGGUGGGAGAGACAAUUUCACGGACCAUCAGCCUGACAAACAGCGGGGCUUUGGGAACAAAAUUCAAAGUUCAGACGUCAGCAGGUGACACRAGUACCCACAGAGCAACAGUAAAAGCUGCUCCUGCAAGCCUGAUCUCUCGAGGUCCCAGUGAUCCUGAGGAGGGAGGCAGCACAAGUUCUGUGGCAGCUGAGGAACAAAACAAGGAGAGCAGCAGUACCAAGGAUCAAGAAGAAUCAAAUACCAGAUCAGAUCUGGACACAGACAAUGCUCAUGAUUCAGUGGAACUUUCUCCUGGAGAAAUACCAAUUGAAAUUAUGCUUGGRAAGGUGACUGAGGGUGAGAUUGGMCCCUUCAGCUCAGUGAAAAUCCCAGUGCUGUUUGUCCCAGCUGUCCCUGGGGAUGUGAGGGCAGACUUUGUGAUCAUGUUUGACAACCCAGACUGCAAACCACUGAGCUUUAGUGCUGUUGGAGUUUCUGUGGAUGUGCCCAUCUGGGUGCCCCAGCCCAGCGUGGACCUCAGGAUCUGCCUGUACGAGCGGCUGUACCAGGACUGUGUGGAGGUGUGCAGCAGAGCAACAACCACGCUGCGUUUGAAGUUUGAGGUGUGCAGAGAAUUGAGCAAGCACAUGGARCUGCUCCCAAAAACAGCUUUCAUCCAACCUCAGUCAUCCUUCAAUGCACAGCUCAAGUUCCUGCCCAGGCAGUCUCUUCCCGAAGAUGCAGGGAGUUAUUUCAGUGCAGAGACAGGAAUCCUGGAGGCCCCAGUGACCAUCCUGAUCGUGGACAAGGCUAAAAAAGUUCAUUUUACUGUCCAUGCCAUUGUCACUACUUCAGAUUUGGAAAUCAGCCCAGCCCAGAUUGACUUUGGAUACUGCACGAUCUAUGAAGCCGUGCAGGCAAAUGUCAUCCUCACAAACAAAUCCAUCUUGCCACAGGAGUUUGGAUUUGUGGGGCUGCCAGAGUUUAUUGAAGUGCAACCAAACGAUGGAUUUGGAAUUAUUCUUCCUCUGGAAAGCCUGACAUUGGACAUCAUCUUUAAAGCCACCAAAGCAAAGGAGUACAGCUUUGAGGUCACCUGCAAGACUGAGAUCAACAGACAAUUCAAGCUGUCAUGCAAAGCAGUUGGAGUCCACCCACCUCUUGAAUUGUCUCAUUCCUUGGUUCAGUUUGCUGCUACAGCCCUGAACUCGGUGUCUUCAACCACUGUGGAUGUGAUCAAUUCUCACGUGGAUGGGAACCCCCUCACUCACCCCGUGCCACGGAUUGGGAGUGGGGACCCUGUCCCAGUUGGACCCACUUCCUUUGAGUUCCACGUGCCCCCAGAGUGUCCYGUGACCAUCACACCUUCUGUGGGAACUGUGCUGCCUGGGCAGGUAAAUUCACUUGGAAU